UUCACGAUAAAUCUCGCACAUGCGCACAAAUGCUUCCGGACGGCAACCUUCGAUCAUGUUUACGUUGGUUACAUGAAUUAUAAUGACAAAGCGGGAGAAUUUGAACAAACUAAAGGUAAAUGAUCUGAGAAAUAUGGUGGUAGAUGUUGGCAUUGAUGUUAAAAGAAAGAAAAAAGAAGAAAUCAUUCAGGAAUUGCUGUUAAGUCAGACUGAAACUUCGAUUUUAACACCGAUCGUAGAAAAAGACGCACUUGAAUCUCCGCUAGUAGGAUCGUUUCAGGACAGCUUACCACCAUUCAACGUUGUUGCUUAUGAAAGUCCGGGUUACUCGUCCAUCCCCACUAUAACAUUUAGUGAUAUCUAUAGUUAUAUGAUCGAAAGACCAACAACAUAUGGUGGUACAGCAAGCAAUUUCAAGGGCUUGGACAGAUCUGUGAAGCACUUUGAAGCCGGUGACGUCCAAGAUAUUAAAGUGUCAAAGAUAAAUAGUUCUGUCAUAUAUGUCAGAGCAAAAUGUCAGGCAUCUAUGAGGAAACAGCAAUAUCAGGUUUUCAUUUGCAUCCCGACUACAAAUGCAGGCAAACCAAAUGUACAGCAUGGAUACUGUCAGUGUCCUAUUGGGUUAGCACAGGCAUGUAGUCACAUAGGCGCCCUACUUUUUGCAUUGAGUCAUGCAAAAACUAAUGAGACGACUUCAGAGAGCUGUACAUCUCAACCAUGUAAAUGGAUCAUUCCUGGGCGACAAACAAAACCAAUCGGACCAAUCAGCACUUCGCCCAAGAAAAAGCUUAAAUUGGCAGAUACUGAAGAAAACCUUGAUCCACUCGCAGCCUAUGAUCCUCGCCAUUCAGAUGACAAAGACAUAAAUAUUAACACCACUCUGUGGCAGUUAAAGGAAUUAAGAGAUGUCUUUCCACAUACAGGUAUUAAGGAUUGA